CCAUCUGCAUGUAGGUAAACUCAUUAAUGGCAACAGACUUAUCUGGGGAAAUACCAAGUUAAAGACAUUUAACCACAGCACAACGUCAACACUGACUCUCAAGGGAAGUUGAACAAGGGGCACAGUAUGCUCUGACUUAACGGACCUUGGUGGGUAGGAUGAUGAAAAAAAGAGGGAGGGGAGAAAAACAGUUUGAUCACAUGGCCACGAAGUCAUUCUGAAAGUAUGCUGGCGUGGUGUUGAGCAGAGAAAUACUGUAUAACAGCCCUCCACAGUGACAGGUCGUGUCCAUGCAACGAGCAUCAUUUUCACUGUUUUGGCUUUGAGGCAAUCAGCAGCAUCGGUGUGGUAGACUCAAACAGAAGAGGAGCCCGUGACGAAGGCAAAAAUGUUAAAUGAAACCACAGACUUGAUCCCUACUGAUGGAAGCACCACUCCAUCCUUUUCUACCAUCCCCACCACCAUGAAUCACUCCCUCAUCAACACCUCCACCUCAGCCGUCGUCCCAUCCUCUGAGUAUUUAGAUAAAAUUGCAGCCAAUGACAUAAGCUCCAGAGCAAACUAUGUGUACAGUUUCUUGGCGGCACUGGGCUUCGUCGCUGCCUGUUUCCUGCUCUACAGCUUCAUCCUGACCUACAGAGCGCAGAGGCGGCUGGCCUGGCUCGACUGCCUGCUCUGGGUCUUCUGUGGCUUCCAGCUGCUGCUGCUGUUGUUCUCCCUCUACGCUGUGAGCCACAGACCUGAUUAUCUCGAGACCACAGGUUUAGGCUGUGCUGCUCUCUCCUUCACCAUCAACACAGUCACCCUGUGCAGUUUGUUAGUCUUACUGCUCAUGGCCUACGUCCUCACUCUGGAUCCUCCAUCCCACGCCCUACUGAGGAAGCCUGGACUCUGUGCAGCUCUAGUUAUUGUGACCUCUGUGCUUGUCUCUCUGGUGCUGGCUGGAGUCCGUGGUCCUAGAGAUGGACUGCAUAAAGAGGUGAAGUGUUUUAUGGAUCCAGUCAGUGCUGGUCCUUCUUAUGCGGUUUCUAAAUUUUGCCUGGUGUUUCUGAUUCCCUACAUCCUCCAGUUGGGACUACUUAUAGGUGGCUGCAUCCGACAAUGGAAAACUAAAGGACGUUUCCUCUCAGGCUCCGAAGAGGGUCCGGUGUUUCUGACAGUUAGCGUGGUCAUGUUUUUCUGCCUGCUCUUCUACAGUACAGUAUUGGUGAGAGCAGCGCGACUAGAGGAGGAUGGGCUGCUGAGCCCUCAUGAAGAAGCCUUCCGGAACGUAGCUGAGUUUGUGCUGUUCUCCGGCAGCAGCAUCAGCCUGCUGCUUGUGCUGCUCAUACACAGGCCCUGUCGAGAAACUCUGCAUGGAGUGUUCAGGCAGCUGAGGGACUGCUGUCAAAGACCGGGACAAACCCAGCCCAACAGGAACAUCAUUGCCCCCCACAUCGAGAUCACAGACACUUUGCAGGACUUAGAGUCAUAGAUGAUGAAAGCAGCCUGCGAUGUGUCGGAACAUAACUCCUGUGAUGCACAAAACUUAUGGAAUAUGAGACAGAUUUCAACUGUUUAAGAAGCUUUUGCUCUUUUUGCAUCUCAAAUGUUCACUUUUUUUAAAUGAAUGUUCUGCGAUACUGUAUGUCCCCAGAGCUGUGCAACAUGUUGGCACAGCCUUUCAUGUUACUAUUAUGGUUAUAUAAACUAGCAGCUAUGAAAAAGUAAGCUGAAUGCAGUUUACUGAUAAACAAAAAAAAAAGUAUAUUCAACUGAUGCGGGCAAUCAUUAUAUCAAGUCAAUUUUACUUAUAUAACACCAAAUCAUAACAAAAGUUAUCUCAUGACACUUUACAUUCAUGUCAGGGUUUUCCAAAUAUGUUUCUGGGGAAUUAUGUGCUACGGUUGUGUUGUAUAAUUAUGGGAUUUGAGCAUCCUUUUUCAAGACGAUUUUAGGUGUUUCAAUAAAGAAAAUAUAAUAUCCCAUUAUCUGAACUGUUACCACACAAGCUAGGACAGAUGGUAAACCCUUAUGACGCUCAAAGACAAAACUUGCAAAGGAGGUUAAUGACAGACCAACUACAACCAUUAGAUCAAGGUAAAGUUAAUCAUAGUUUGUUCUAGUUCUAGUUAUGAUGCUCUUGUCUUUCAUUUUACUUUGAUUUGGCUCAGGUUUUGCAUGUAAACCCUGUAUACUGUAUGUGUCAACAGUAACUCAAACAUGUCAGCAAAUGGAGGGAAUAUUUACAAUGUCUGGAUAAUGAUUUCUUAACUGUAAGUUCUUUUGACUCCUUGCACUUAAAAGAUAGUUGAAGAAUUGAAAAGCAUGUAAUUUUAUAUUUUAUUGCAUUUAUAUAUUUGGAAAUAGUUGAAUAUUACUGUUGUUCCCUGGUAACUCUGUCAGGGAAUGUGAGAAAGCGAGUGCAGCCAUGCAGUUUUUUUUUUCAUCUCCUGUUUUCAUAAAAUAUGUUUGUUCAGUUAUUUGCUAAUAUUGAAAUGGCAUGUUUUCUACUAAAUAUGCUGUGUUGAAGUAAACAGCUGAGCUGCCCUGAGUGGUCCCGUGGACUUUUUUCAUCAUGUGGUGAGUCAUUUGAGUGUUGAGCUAAAGCUUCAAUCACAGGAAUCAGACUGCAACAACAGUGAUUCUAUAUAUCUUGAACCUUCUUGUGGACACACCCCUCUUCUGGGAAACAGUUUGCAUAAACAUGAUUUGUACAAAAAGUCCAUUUAGGCUAAAUGGAAAAAAAACCCUGCUGCUGCUCUGUGAAUGCCACAUUGGAAACAUUUAGUGUAGGAAAAUAAAAGUAAGGUUUUUGGUUCAGUCAUGAUACAGAAAAAACUGUCAAUACUCUCUUUAUUUUGCAAAGCUGUUAAAGAAAUAAAAACACACUACAGAUGAUGAAUUCUGUCCAGGAAACUAAUGGGCACUUGAUCUAGGAAUGACUACGCUGUAUGGAUCACAGAUUGUGUCUCUGCUGACACAGAUCAAGCAGCAGAACAAAUGGAAGAGAGGAGCUGUGCGGCAUAAGUAACAGAUAUGAUAUGAAAUAUAAGAGUAACUUUCUGUAGGUAUGGUUAAAAUUAUUUUCCAAGCUCAAAAUAAUCAUCAGACAUCAGUAAUAAUUUAUUGUCUUCUGUCUGAUGAAACUCUGCAUGUCUGUCCUUCAUCUUGUUUUGUGUAAAUAUAAUGAUGACCUGUUGCUGCCAAGUCGCCUGACUCCCAUAUUUAUCUAUUUUAUCUUUCUACAAUAAUUGUCUCAUUCACACUUCAGUGCUGAAGUGAUGACGUAUCGGCUUUGACUUAAGUUAAAUGAAUAAUGUCCAUUUAAACAGAAAUGUUAAAGGAGGACAGAUGUGUUAAGGACGGCUUACUAUUUUACAAAGUAUUCCUGAGUCUGUUUAGAAAAACAAAAGGUAAACAAAACAUGUCACGUCUGUGUUUGCGUGUACCUGCAUUAUGCGUACAUGUGCAUUUGUACAAGUGUUAGUGUUCUUACUUUAAGUGGAAGGAGGCACGAAAACAUUUCUGUGGAUUGUGACUGACAUUUCAGUCACCACCGAAGGGCAUUUUAGGAUUAAAAGGACCCAGUGCAGCGCCAAGAAAAGUAGGUAAAGUGCUAAUCAUGAGGAUCAAGUCUUCUACCUGAGCUAAAGACCCCCAUAACAAAAAGAGGACACAGAUGGCACUACAAACUGCACAUGGACUGAAGACCCUUAAAAAACUAAGAACUAUGGGCCCAUAAGUUUAGCCAAUGCUACCACCAGCUCAGCUCCAUGCAUUAAUAUGGAUAUGGACUAUGAAGUCACAGCUGGAGAAAACCUGACGGUCUGGAAAAAUGGCACAUGGUCAGUUGUGUCUGGUUUUCUCCAAGCAGCUUCAGAGAAUCAUUAUCACUACGUCAUCAGCAUCUUCUUCUCUGGUCUGUACAUUUCAUUUCUUUUCCCCGUUGGCUUCAUUGGAAACAUCCUCAUUCUCACAGUGAACUUGACACACAGGGGUCGCCUCUCAGCUCCAGAUCUCUACUUUGUGAACCUUGCAGUGGCCGACUUGGCCCUUGUGUUCGACUCUUUGAUCGAAGUGUUCAACCUGAAACAGGGCUACUAUGACAAAGCCGGCCUCUGCACCUUCAUGAACCUUUUCCAGCAUGUCAACAUGUACAGCAGCGUCUUCUUCUUGACCUGGAUGAGCUUUGACCGCUUUGUGGCUCUGACGGGCUCCAUGGGUCGCAGGAUGCCGCGCCCUCGCCUCAGCUGCAGUCUCAUCUGGGUGUCAUCGUCGAUGCUCACCGUGUUGCCCUUCGCUGUGUCCCAGGCCCAGCAUGCCGGAGACCUCCACUUCUGCUUCGCAAAUGUGACGCAGAUUCAGUGGCUUGAGGUGAUCCUGGGCUUCUUGAUGCCUUUCUGCAUCCUGGGACUCUGCUACUGGAGAAUAGCACAGGUUCUCCAACGUAGCCAGAGGCAGCAGAGGCCACGCAGACAGAAAGCCUUGCGCAUGAUCUCAGCUGCUGUGUUUGUCUUCUUCCUCUGCUGGCUUCCAGAGAACAUAUUUGUGAGCAUUCACCUUCUCCGACAGGAUGCAGACGGCAGCACACUGUGGCAGGACUACCCACUGACAGGGCACGCCGUCAGGCUGGCUGCCUUCUCCAACAGCUGCCUGAACCCACUCAUUUACAGUUUCCUUGGGGAGACUUUCCUGGAUAAACUAAGACUUUUUCUCCAGGAGAAGACCAGGUGGACAAAGCUGCACAGGUCAGCCUCUAGAAAAUCCAUUUACAUUCCAGCUGCAAGGAUGUGCAGGUGUGGAACAACCCCGGACACACAUUCAAACUGUAAAACACUCUCAAAAGCUUUCAUAUUUCCCUCAGAUGAAGAACUGGAUACAGCAGAACACACAGAUGAUGGACAACUUUAUACAUGAGCCAUAAAUGCAACUUCACUACUGGACAAAAUAAAAGUAACUAUUGUGGAAAUUUAUGUGGAAACCAGGAAAUAGAAAAAUCCCAUAUUAAAAAAAAAACAUAUUCCCUAAGCUCAGUAGCUACAUUUUUCAACCCUCAAAAUUGAACACUAGGGAUGCAUAACUGCAUGAAAAAAUCAUAUUUCAAUUAUUGUCAAUAAUAUUGCAAAUCGUAUCAAUUUUCUUGUUUAUCCAAGAAAAUGCACAGAUUACUGAUCAUUUACCGAAAUGUACUCAAACAUACAUAUUUAAAAUAUAACACAAGUGAAUAUUAAUCACAGAGCUUACAGCAACAUCAUUAAUACAGCUGGCUAUAGAAUUUAAUCUAUGAACAUAAACUUUAAAAACUGCAUUAAUAUACCUCACUGCUUACUGAUACAAAAGUCACACAACUAGAGAAACAAGUGCUUCUCUCUCAAGGAGUAGUGUCCAUUGCAACCUUUUAUGCCAGUCUGAGGGAGUGCUCAAAUACUGGUGCUCGGACACUGAGAGGGAUCUGGGAGAGGGAUCUGAGUGUUGUAAUAACUGAAGAGAUGUGGGAAGACAUCUGGGAUAAUGCAGGGAAAAUUUCAGUUUGUAACCGAACAAGAGCACUACAGCUUAAGAUACUGCAUAGAGCACAUGUAGCUCCAAGCCGUCUCCACAAAUAUAGAAAGGAUGUCUCUCCAGUUUGUCUUAAAUGUAGGACAGAAAUUGGUGAGCUUACUCACUGUCUCUGGUCCUGUGUUAAAA